UUAUUAUUAUUAUUAUUAUAGGCCUAUACGGGAUUUAUAUUACAUUUUGCACAAUGCGAUGAGAACGUCACGCAGGCAUUGAUAUUUAGGAUUGAAGAUAAUUUUAAAAAAAGACGAUGCCUGGUGAAGCGCGGCUCCAUCAGUGCGCCUCUAUUGCAGGUCAUCUGAAAACAACAACAAUAGAUGUAUCAUGUCGUGUUUGAGCGUCACAUGCAGCGCUGUUAUUGUCCUGUUCGGAGCCGUUUGCAGCGUUUUCAUAUUCUGUGAGUAUCUGAUUUAUUACGCCGCGAUAUUACAGUGCGGUUGGCCGGAGAUCGACCACGGUGCCCCGUCGAGUGAGAGGAGCGCAGACGGCCAACCAGAGACGGGGGUUCUCCGCGCUAUGGUACUGUCAGACACGCACCUCCUCGGCGCUGUCGGAGGGCACUGGUUCGACAAACUGCGAAGGGAAUGGCAGAUGGAACGAGCUUUCCAGACCGCCCUGGCCCUGCUCCGACCUGAGGUCGUCUUUAUACUGGGGGAUGUGUUCGAUGAGGGAAAAUGGAGCUCUCCGAAGAACUGGGAGGAUGAUGUCUGUCGUUUCCAGAAGAUGUUCAGACACCCCAGAGACACAGAGCUGGUAGUUCUGGUUGGAAACCACGACAUCGGCUUCCACUACGAAAUCUAUACUGAUGGUGUUGUCUCUCUACUGGUGAACAGGUGUUUUGUUUCUCGUUUUUUCUCUAGCUUUCUAUUGGUCAACAGCGUGGCGUUGCAUGGUGACGGUUGUCCUAUCUGCCAAUCAGUGGAGAAACAGCUGUACACACUGUCCAGGGAUCUCAACUGUUCACUACUACAGAAUUCUGAGUCCAGCAUUAUAAGAGAAUACUGCCAAGACGCAUGGACCUAUCCUUCUACAGCACCUAUCAUCCUGCAGCAUUACCCUCUUUACCGCGUGAGUGACGCGGGCUGUACGGGUCGGGACGCUGCUCCUCCUAAAGAGCGUCACCUGCUGUUCAGAGAGAAGUAUGACGUGCUGUCUCAGGAGGCCUCUCACAGGCUGCUGCAGUGGUUUAAGCCCCGCCUGGUUCUCAGUGGCCACACCCACAGUGGUUGUCAGGUUCUCCAUGACAACCAGUACCCGGAGAUCAGUGUUCCGUCCUUCAACUGGAGGAACCGCAACAACCCCAGUUUCAUCCUGGGUUCGUUCUCCUCCAGUGGUUACGGCCUGUCUAAGUGUUUCCUUCCAGAGGAGAGUACAGUGAUAGCCCUGUACUGCUCUACGGGAGCCAGCCUCCUCUUCCUCCUCCCUCUGGUCCACUGCCUGUGGAUGCGAGGCCUUCUCCGGUGCCUCAUCCUCUGUCCAAUCAGCAAACACAAGUUUCUCUGACGGUCUCAGGUAGAGGUUGUCCCUGACUGCUGAAUGAUACAGGAUCAGAUAUGGGCUA